AAUGACCCCCCUGGCGCGAGGAACCUGUUGGAUAAAAAGGGAACGUUGUGGCGGGAGAAAAAGCAAGGAGCGCGAGCACACUGGGUGAUUGCACAAGGGACUGGCGUGCGCAGGGCGGGAACACCAAUCAGGGAGUACCAUCAGAGAGAACAGUCUGACAUCAUGACAGGGAAAGAAGGGACCGUUCUUUCAGACUCUUUGAAUAAACAGAAAAUGGCUUCGCCCCUAAAACUAGUGGGACUCCAGCACCAACCGUCAAAAAUGGGUUCGAUUACGACACAUAGGUGCACGGGAUUCGGAAUCCAGGAGAUUCUAGGUUUGAACAAGGAGCCGCCCGCGUUCCCGCGGCGUCCGUUGGAAUCUCUGCCGCACAGGGCGCACCUUCUGACGGCUAGGUCGGCUUUGGGCCCCGCGGCAGUCGGGGUUGGAAUGGGAAUUAUUGGUCCAGGAGGGCUUCAUUCGUUUUACAGCCAGCCUGCCUUUCUGGAGGUGUUACAGGAGGCGCAGAGUGUUCACCUUCAGCCGCUCGCCAGGGGACAGCUGGAUGCGCACCACCCCGCAAGCUGUUCUGGUAAAUGUCUAAACUAUAGGCUAGCAUAGGCCUAUACAUUCUAAAAGUAUAUAUUUUAAAUAUAAGCAAUUCAUUUAAAAUGUAUUUCUUUAUUAAAAUGUGUAUCUUUAUGUUGUAAAACAAACAGGCUAAUUUUUAAUGGUGAGUGAGUGUUGCGCCUUUUGCUUCUCAAUAAUGAUUUUAUUUUUUAGUUACAACUCGACACGUUGGUUGAGCGCCCUCCAUUUCUUUCCAAUGUUUAUGUUGUAGACCAUUUUUGUCUUCAAUAAAUAGAAAAUAGAACAUGUAAUUUUGGUUUUAAUGAUCGCAAAUUCUCCUCUCCUGUUUUUUAAAUAUAUUGCCACACUGUAGGUGUAGGAUAACCGUUUAUAAGUAUUACAUUGUAAUUGUAUUAGCAAUAUACCUGUGGCUAUUUAUUUAAUAAUACACUAGGGCUGUUUAUUUACAGAUUCAGAUGACGUAUCCUCCAGUGAAAAAACAUUUUCUAAAUCAUCGAUGAGCCAGAACAAGAAAAGAAAGAAGAGACGACACAGGUAAAACUAUUGACUAUAACAGAUAUUCACAGGUAAAACUAUUGACUAUAACAAAUAUUUACAGGUAAAACUAUUGACUAUAACAAAUAUUUACAGGUAAAACUAUUGACUAUAACAGAUAUUCACAGGUAAAACUAUUGACAAUAACAGAUAUUCACAGGUAAAACUAUUGACUAUAACAAAUAUUUACAGGUAAAACUAUUGACUAUAACAAAUAUUUACAGGUAAAACUAUUGCCUAUAACAGAUAUUCACAGGUAAAACUAUUGACUAUAACAGGUCCCGUGUAGCUCAGUUGGUAGUGCAUGGCGCUUGCAACGCCAGGGUUGUGGGUUCGAUUCCCACGGGGGGGCCAGUAUGAAAGGAAAACAAUUUAUGGACUCACUAACUGUAAGUCGCUCUGGAUAAGAGUGUCUGCUAAAUGACUCAAAUGUAAAUAUUCACAGGUACAACUAUUGACUUUAACAGGUAAAACUAUUGACUAUAACUAAUAUUUACCUCACUGUGUUUGAAUUGGACUAUAUGACAUUUAGGGAUAUAUAAAUGAACAAAAGGCUGUGCGAAGCAUUUGAAAAGCGAAAUAUUCUAAUUCAUAUAACCUACAAUAUUUCGAUGUUAGCGCCUCCUAUAUUUUCUCAGAACAUGUAUAGUAACGAAAACGUCUAAAUAAACAAAUAAUUGUCAAGUAUGACUCGAAAUAGAUUUCUACAUUAUUUUAAUUCCUAGAAAAUAGAGACGAGAUGGUAUAUUAUUAUUAUUAUUAUUAUUAUUAUUAUAUAUUUUGCAAUAGGAGACAGCUUGUAUUAUAUAGACUAUAUUAGACUAAUUAGUCGAGAGGUUAACAUUUUCGAUACAGUUCUCUAUUUCUACUGUAGCAACAAACAAAACGAAGUAGAACAUCAAUUUUCUUCAUUUGAUAGCACAUAGCAGUAUUCCGCAUGAAAUAUUUGAAAUAAAAUCUUUACAUUUUCAUGCAUGCUAUUAUGGAUAGGUGUCAAUAUUUCUGGUGCUGUAUAUUCUACAAGAAGUCUACUUCAAGCAAAAAAUAAUUAAAUAAUGUCCUGAUAAUGUCAUUAUUUAUGGGACUUAUUCAUAUGUUUAUUUUGGAAUUAUUUAAUAAAUCGUUUUGUGCCCUCUGUGGUAUGAACCAAACAAUCUGUAUUUUGACUAAAUCAUGCUUAUCCAUUUUUAUUAAAACAUUUUGGUUAGCCUAGAUUUUAUUCAGAGUAGAAAGUGUAUGAUGCCUUGUGGUUUACAUACACAGCACUUCAUCAAAUAGAUAUAUUUAAGGGAAAUUGUGUAAAAACAUGUUGAUUUAAAAAAAAUUUAAACUUUUAUUUAUCCAGGAAGUCCUGUUGAGGUCAGAAUACCUCUUUUUAUGAGGGAGACCUUGAUUUUAUGGACUUGACACUUGCAGGCAGAAUUCAACUCAGAAUAAUUUUCUAAAACUUUCUUUGUGUGUUCCUUCUCUUAUGUCUCCACCAGAACUAUAUUUACUUCUCAUCAGCUGGAUGAGUUGGAGAAGGCUUUCAACGAGGCCCACUACCCUGAUGUCUACGCCAGAGAGAUGCUCUCCAUGAAGACUGAACUUCCGGAGGACAGGAUACAGGUACAUAACAUACUGUAGCCUGGCGGUGUAUGUGUCAGUGUGUGGUGUGUGUGUGUGUCAGUGUGUGUGUGUGUGUGUGUGUGUGUGUGUGUCAGUGUGUGUGUGUGUGUCUGUGUGUGUGUGUGUGCCUGCAUGCUCACGCAUGUGUAUGUAUCCUCCAUAUACCAAUAACACACACACACACACACACACACACACACACAGGUCCUUAUCACCAUCACACCCUCUCUGCUCAAUUAACACCCAAUUUCCUCCUCUGGUGUAAUUAGUUAGAUCAGGUGAGCUUGGCACAAUUCCCCCUGGGACUCAGUCACUCAGUCAUCCAGGCAGGCAAGACAGGGAGGCAGACAGACAGGCAGACAGUCAGGCAGACAGGGAGGCAGACAGGCAGACAGUCAGGCAGACAGGGAGGCAGACAGACAGGCAGACAGUCAGGCAGACAGGGAGGCAGACAGACAGGCAGACAGUCAGGCAGACAGGGAGGCAGACAGACAGGCAGACAGUCAGGCAGACAGGGAGGCAGACAGAAAGGCAGACAGUCAGGCAGACAGGGAGGCAGACAGAAAGGCAGACAGUCAGGCAAACAGGGAGGCAGACAGACAGGCAGACAGUCAGGCAGACAGAAAGGCAGACAGUCAGGCAGACAGGGAGGCAGACAGAAAGGCAGACAGUCAGGCAGACAGGGAGGCAGACAGAGAGGCAGACAGUCAGGCAGACAGGGAGGCAGACAGAAAGGCAGACAGUCAGGCAGACAGACAGGGAGGCAGACAGUCAGGCAGACAGACAGGGAGGCAGACAGAAAGGCAGACAGGGAGGCAGACAGAAAGGCAGACAGUCAGGCAGACAGGGAGGCAGACAGUCAGGCAGACAUGGAGGCAGACAGAAAGGCAGACAGUCAGGCAGACAAGGAGGCAGACAGAAAGGCAGACAGUCAGGCAGACAGAAAGGCAGACAGUCAGGCAGACAGAAAGGCAGACAGAAAGGCAGACAGAAAGGCAGACAGUCAGGCAGACAGGGUGGCAGACAGUCAGGCAGACAGGGAGGCAGACAGAAAGGCAGACAGUCAGGCAGACAGGGAGGCAGACAGAAAGGCAGACAGUCAGGCAGACAGGGAGGCAGACAGAAAGGCAGACAGUCAGGCAGACAGGGAGGCAGACAGAAAGGCAGACAGUCAGGCAGACAGGGAGGCAGACAGAAAGGCAGACAGUCAGGCAGACAGGGUGGCAGACAGUCAGGCAGACAGGGAGGCAGACAGAAAGGCAGACAGUCAGGCAGACAGGGCGGCAGACAGAAAGGCAGACAGUCAGGCAGACAGGGAGGCAGACAGAAAGGCAGACAGUCAGGCAGACAGGGAGGCAGACAGAAAGGCAGACAGUCAGGCGGGGAGAUGCUUAGGAACAAGGCGUGGUGGGAGCCAUAAAGAAAUGAUAACUACAGUGAAAUUAAUUAGCAUGGGUCAAUGGCAGGGCUCUCCUGGGUUCUAGCUCUUUAAUUUCCCUGGUGAUAUUUGAGCACCUGUCGCCCAUUGAUUGGCUCUGGAAAUUAACUUAUUUUUCAAUCAGCCUCCACGUGCCCCUAGGGUCACUACACUCCUCCCCUUUCUCAGCUCAGCUGUUUCACUUGCACACACACACACACACGCAGGUACACACAGCACGUGUACACACACACACACACACGCAGGUACACACAGCACGUGUACACACACACACACACACACACACACACACACACACACACACACACACACACACAGACAGACACACCCCUCUGCUCUCUGCUGUGCGCCCUGGAAGUAAUUCCUUAUCUCCAGACCUAUCACCAUGAGACAGAGGUUAUCACCAGACACAUCUUUCUUUCUUUCUUUCUUUCUUUCUUUUUUUCUUUCUUUCUUUUUAUUGUAGUUCUAUUCUUUCUUUCUGUGUAUUUGGUAGAUCAUUCUCGUAUAUAUUAUAGGUAUAGCGAGAUCGUUAGACAUGUAUAUAGCAGAUGUAUAUAUCCAUAUAUAGAUGGAUGAUAUAUUGUAUCAUGUAUAUUCUUCGAUCUCAGAUAAGGGUAUGUCUUAUAUUUGGGUAGGAGGUGAGAGAUAGAGAGAGAGGCGAGGAAGAAAAAGAAAGAGGAGGGAGGAUAGAGGAGAGAUAUAUGAUAUAUAUAUUGUCUAUAUCUAGAUAUAUCUAUAUUAGUCUAUAUAUUAUAUUUAUUAUAUGUAUAUCUAUAUCAUAUAGCUAUAUAUCUAUAAGUUAUGUAUUUUCUAUAUAUAGUAUAUCUAUUCUAUAUAUCUUUCGCUAUCAUUCUGCGUCUCUAUCUUAUAUAUCUCUCUAUGUCUCUCUCUCUCGAUCUCUUAUCUCUCUCUCUCUCUCUGUCUCUCUCUUCUCUCUCUCUCUCUCUCUCUCUCUCUCUCUCCUCUCUUCUCUAUCUCUCUCUAUCUAGCUCUCUCUAUCUCUCUCUCUCUGUUCUCUCUCUCUCUCUGUCUCUCUCUCUCUCUCCCUUUCUCUCUCUGCGUCUCUCUCUCUCUCUCUCUCUCGCUCCUCUCUACUCUCUCUCUCUCUCUCUCUCUCUCUCUCCCUGAUCUAUAUGCAUGUCUCUGAAUCUGAAGUGGGUCUCCACUGUGGAAAUCAAUUUAGGCACUGGAUGAGUCUAGGGGAGAGGGAGUCACACACACACACACACACACACACACACACACACACACACACACACACACACACACACACACACACACAGGUGAAUCUAGCAGAAACAGCUACUUAUCUUCUCCAGCAGGUGUCCUUGUUCUAUAACUAGAGUAUAUAGACUGUGGUACAGAAUCACUAUAUCCAAGAAAUUGACUUUAGCUUACCUGGCUACUCUCACCUUAUCAUGUGGGUGUAAUACCAGUGAAUAUCUACUCUCACCUUAUCAUGUGGGUGUAAUACCAGUGAAUAUCUACUCUCACCUUAUCAUGUGGGAGUAAUACCAGUGAAUAUCUACUCUCACCUUAUCAUGUGGGUGUAAUACCAGUGAAUAUCUACUCACACCUUAUCAUGUGGGUGUAAUACCAGUGAAUAUCUACUCUCACCUUAUCAUGUGGGUGUAAUACCAGUGAAUAUCUACUCUCACCUUAUCAUGUGGGAGUAAUACCAGUGAAUAUCUACUCUCACCUUAUCAUGUGGGUGUAAUACCAGUGAAUAUCUACUCUCACCUUAUCAUGUGGGUGUAAUACCAGUGAAUAUCUACUCUCACCUUAUCAUGUGGGAGUAAUACCAGUGAAUAGCUACUCUCACCUUAUCAUGUGGGAGUAAUACCAGUGAAUAGCUACUCUCACCUUAUCAUGUGGGUGUAAUACCAGUGAAUAUCUACUCUCACCUUAUCAUGUGGGUGUAAUACCAGUGAAUAGCUACUCUCACCUUAUCAUGUGGGUGUAAUACCAGUGAAUAGCUAGUCUCACCUUAUCAUGUGGGUGUAAUACCAGUGAAUAUCUACUCUCACCUUAUCAUGUGGGUGUAAUACCAGUGAAUAGCUACUCUCACCUUAUCAUGUGGGUUUAAUACCAGUGAAUAGCUAGUCUCACCUUAUCAUGUGGGUGUAAUACCAGUGAAUAUCUACUCUCACCUUAUCAUGUGGGUGUAAUACCAGUGAAUAGCUAGUCUCACCUUAUCAUGUGGGUGUAAUACCAGUGAAUAUCUACUCUCACCUUAUCAUGUGGGUGUAAUACCAGUGAAUAGCUACUCUCACCUUAUCAUGUGGGUGUAAUACCAGUGAAUAGCUACUCUCACCUUAUCAUGUGGGUGUAAUACCAGUGAAUAGCUACUCUCACCUUAUCAUGUGGGUGUAAUACCAGUGAAUAUCUACUCUCACCUUAUCAUGUGGGUGUAAUACCAGUGAAUAGCUACUCUCACCUUAUCAUGUGGGUGUAACACCAGUGAAUAGAUGUUUAAAUUGAGACAUCCUCUUUCCACUCUCCAUUCCAGGACUCCUUGAAAAACAGUAAUUGUUGCUGAGAGGACCAUCCUAGCUAAAUAUGGAUUAUUUUUGGAAUCUGUCUGUUUUUUUCUUCAUAUUAGAUCUUAUUUUUGUCCCCGUGAAUAGUUAGGAUGUGUGUAAAACCCUCUCCUUAUAUUUAGUGUCUGCUAUUCCAAUUUGUUGUUUAUGACUUCUGGAUGAUGUCCAUAUAGUUAGGCUCAUAUCUUUGUCAUAGUUUUAUAUCAUAUUGAAUGACACUGCAAUUUUAUGUUUCUGCAUAUGUAUCAAGAUGUUCAAAUAAACCUAAACUUACAUCCCCCUGUCCCUCCCUUUCUCCCUGCAGGUUUGGUUUCAGAACCGCCGUGCCAAGUGGAGGAAGAGGGAGAAGUGUUGGGGUCGCAGCAGCGUGAUGGCAGAGUACGGCCUGUAUGGCGCCAUGGUCCGUCACUCCAUCCCUCUGCCUGAGUCCAUCCUCAAGUCAGCCAAGGACGGCAUCAUGGACUCCUGUGCUCCCUGGCUACUGGGUAAGGCACUGUGCUAAUGUGGGUGGGUGUGUUCAUGCCUUACGUACGUGCGUGUGUGCUGGGGUCCCGUGUGGCUCAGUUGGCAGAGCAUGGCGCUUGCAACGCCAGGGUUGUGGGUUCGAUUCCCACGGGGGGACCAGUACGAAGGAAAAUGUAUGCACUCACUACUGUAAGUCGCUCUGGAUAAGAGCGUCUGCUAAAAUGCAAAAUGUGUUAGCUUCUGCAGUACGCUUGUUUUCCAUUAGUUACCAUCUCAUUGAUCUAUGCUAAUCAAUUGACAGAUACGUCAACCAGAGAGGAGAUGCAGCUUAAUCCAAUCUGAUAAAGUAGGAUUAUCAUUUAUUGAUUAAGACCCAUCAUUGACACUUUUAUCGACUCCCGACAUGCACCAGUAUUAAGUCUGACGUUGAGGUCAUGGCCCUGCUCAAAAAACCUUUAGAAAAUCCUCCCUUCCUCAACCAUGAUGGAGUUAGUACAGUAUGUAAGGCUGAGAACAUUAAGGUGGAGAGCUUGCUUUAACUAUUCCCAUACCAUGGUUCAAAGAGCAGUUUAAACCUCUCAGAACUGUUAGUGAAGGUGCCUUUCCCAUGUUACCUCCUCACCAUGGUGGAGGUCAGAAACACUAACUGACCAAGACCUGCUACCACCUGCCAGCUACAGCUCAAUACAAGCUUGAGAUUCUUAGUACUGUAGCGUCACUGUUUUUAUACAUGCGUGUCUCCAAAUGGGAUGAGCACAAUUUCUGUUCCUAACCCGGAAUAACAAUGAUUCCUUUUCCUUCCAGGUAUGCACAAGAAGUCCAUGGAUACCCCUGUUCCGACCUCUCCUGGAAAACUGGAAGCUCCCCAUUCCCAUCCACCUGCCAGGGAACGAGAGGGGGAGAGAGUGGUAGAGGAAGUGGAGGAGGAGAGAAGGAGGGAGAAUACCAGGUCGCCCAUAUCCAAAGAGGAACUGCGAGAGAAUAGCAUCGCUGCACUCAGGGCUAAAGCUCUGGAACACAGUGCUAAGAUGCUGGGGACACAUCCUGGUGACGGACCACUGGGAACAGUUUCAAGGGACGGAACAGGGGGACAGCAACACCCGAUGGAGACAGAGGACAAACAGGCAGGAGGACAAACAGUUGGACAGUUGAAGCCUGCAGUGGAGAUAGAGGCCAGUCACUGAUAUGGAUGCUCUUCUUCUAAAGAAGUUGAUGCCCUCUCUGUAAAGAUCACUGUUUACAUAUUCCUGACGUCCAUGCUAUCAUAAACAAGAUGGUAUCGGUCACAAUACACAAUAUUCUUGGCAGCGCAAAAGUUUCACAACGUUCCUUUGACACCAAGACCUGAUAAUGUCAACCUCGAAAUCCUCCUGUCGUGGGGAUCAAUUUUGUACAGAUUACAUUUUCCAUCAUGGGAAUUCCAAAUCCCAUGCCUCAACUAUACCCUGGUCUAUAUCAGUCCACUAUUUAGUAAUCUGGCAGUUUGCUACUCGGCAACUUUAGGAAGAUGAACUAUUUGGUUACAUAGAUCAGUCUCUACACUGAUGUACUGGCCCAUAUUAUUUCACGGUAAUCUGCAAACCAGACAAGGUGAAAGAUACAUGUCAUGAUAAAAUGCUGUGAAAAAAAUAUGCAUGGUCUCUUGUGAAAUGAUGUGUAAAAACAAGAGACUAAUCUUGGAGAGGAUUCAUGGACCUUUUUACACUAAAUAUUAUCUUGAAAUGUAUGUGGUGGAUUUCUCUGAUAUUGUCAUUAUUUAAAAUGAAAUAUAGCUACUGUCAUGUAGUUGGAAAUCAACAAGCUGUGUUUGUUUUGUCUCCGUGUUCUGUAUAUUAAAAUAAUAAUAAAGCAUUAUUGUCAUUU